AUGUCCCAGUCUUCUGAGUACUCACACGACGCUACCGUCAAAGCCAUCACAUCCUUUUAUGAAUUCAUGAAACGCAUGCAUGCAGAAGAGGCGGCGCUCCUGGAAUACCCACCUCCAACCGGCUGGCCGCAAAUCACGCACGAAUAUUUCGCUAGCCUGGGUAAGACGAAGGAGGUCAUUGAACUUUUGAGGAGCAUUCCGUAUUUCGUUUCCGGCCCGUAUGGUAUUCCAUGCAUCCUGAAGUCAACUAGGCCAAUUGAGUAUAUCGACUGGCAGUACUCUGAGGAAAUCAAGAGAUGGCCUGCCAUCGAGCCCCCCGAGCUAGACAACAAAGAGGGUAGGCUUCCGGGUUACAUCAUAGACCUUGCAUCAGCCCAAGAGGAGCAGGUUGGAUGGACUCUUCUACUCGACACCAAGCGCGGAGUUGUAAUACUGUGGAAGAACGACGGUGAUCUUCCCAGUUGGGCCUGGUGUUCGGAUGCGGAUCCGUACGAUGUGGAAGUUGACCCAUACGGGCCUGAGGGAUGGAAAUGUAUGCCGACCUAUCGCAUCGAAACUUUCUUCGAAUUCUGCAAGGAGCAGUAUCGAAUCAUGAACUGGACGCCAGAUCUUCUUCGGGGCGACGUAUGUCAGCCGAACGACGUUGACAACCCCUGCGAGGGCGACUUGAGGAGGAGACAGAUAAUGAGAGAUGCUGGGUGGCCAGGCACCGAUGGAGAAGGUACUGGAUGGGACAGAGAGAAAGCAGAGAAGGACCUCGAAGAAUACGAGGAAGAGAUAAGGUCUUCCACCCUCUUUAGCUUAGCCGCUGCCAUCUCCAGCGCGUCCGCUCAUUACUUCUUCCCCCACCUCAUCGUCAACGGCAACUUCACUGGCUACAACGAAUAUGUCCGCGAGAAUACCCAGGGAUACAUGCCCCUGAAAAACGGAUACGAAAGCACAGACCUCCGCUGCCGGACUGACUCCAUGCAGUAUGCAAGCAAGACCGGCGUCUACAAGGUGAAGGCCGGCGAUGAGGUCGGGUUCGGCCUCAACUUCGGCGGGCGGAUCCAGCACCCCGGCCCGAUGCAGGCAUACCUUUCCAAAGCUCCGGGUGAUGUGCGAGAGUACGACGGCUCCGGCGACUGGUUCAAGAUCUUCGAGCUCGGCCCCAAGACAUUUUCCAGCGAGGGUAUCCAGUGGGGUGCCUAUGACGUCGGCAACUUCACCUUCAAGUUGCCGGAAGCGACUCCAGCAGGACAGUAUCUCCUCCGCAUUGAACAUAUCGGCGUCCACGGAGCGGGAGAUUUUGGUGGGGCCGAGUUCUACUUCAACUGCGCGCAGAUCGAGGUCGAGAAUGCGAGCGGCGCCUCCGGAGGGCCGGGGCCGUUGGUCAAGAUCCCCGGCUUGUACACCGGCCACGAGCCUGGUAUCGAGUUCUACAUGUACUGCCCGUGGAUUGUGAACUACACCAUGCCCGGCCCUGCCGUGUGGCCGCAGCCCCUUGCAGCGAAUGUCACGGCCGAGGAUGUCAACAUUGCCCCGACUGCUACCCCUUGGACUCUCCCGGCGAUCACCUCGACUCUUGAGGCGGAAAAUACGGUGCCUGCAGCGACGGCGACUCUCGCCUCGAACUCUACGUCUCUUCAACGGCCCGUUGGAGGACUUGUCUCUUCGACGUUGAGUGGAAGUAUUCAGACGGCUGAAGCGGUUUUGGUAUCGUCCACGACAUCAACCUCGAGCUCGGCGAUCGUCUCCGCAACCAGCACCUCCAGAAAGUCGCGAUGCGCUCCACGAAGCACGGUGAUUCAGACUGUCUACGUUACUGCAAAUGUGUAG